CAAAUCUGAAAUCAAUAUGGCCGAUUUUUACCGGUCGUGUAUUAUUGUAUUUAGGUAAAAGUUCGUUAUUAAUAAUUUCGACCCGUAAAGUUCUUAACAUCUCUCUAUAAUCGUAUAUACUGUGUGUAAUAGAGCUGAUAGACAAUUAUGGAAGCACUUAUACCAGUUAUCAAUAAAUUACAAGAUGUAUUUAAUACGGUCGGAGCAGAUGCCAUCCAGUUACCUCAAAUCAUAGUUUUAGGAACACAGAGUUCUGGCAAGAGUUCAGUGAUAGAGAGUCUAGUCGGGCGCUCUUUCCUCCCCCGCGGUCCCGGCAUCGUGACCCGACGCCCGCUCAUUCUGCAGCUGGUGUACAGCCCCAAAGAUAGCAAGGAGCAUCGGUCUGCUGAAGAAGAGCUAAGACAGCAGAUACCAGUGCCAGCAUCAUGGAAUCCAAUAUCUCAGCUAUCCAACUCAAUGUUUUCUUCAGGGACUGUAAACUUAGAAGAAUGGGGCAAGUUCCUGCACACGAAAGACAAGAUUUACACAGAUUUCGACCAAAUCAGGCAAGAGAUAGAGCGAGAGACGGACCGGAUGGCGGGCAACAACAAGGGCAUUUGCCCGGAGGCCAUCAACCUCAAGAUUUACUCCACCAAAGUUGUCAACCUCACCCUUGUGGAUUUACCUGGUAUCACCAAAGUACCUAUCGGUGACCAACCUGAGGAUAUAGAAAACCAAAUCCGAAAUCUGAUAGUCAAGUACAUAUCAAAUCCAAACUCUAUAAUUCUGGCGGUCACCGCAGCCAACACAGACAUGGCAACCAGUGAGGCUAUUAAAAUGGCGAAGGAUGUGGACCCGGAUGGAAGACGGACCCUGGCUGUUGUUACUAAGCUUGAUCUCAUGGAUGCCGGAACUGACGCAAUAGAUAUCUUAUGCGGGCGUGUGAUCCCCGUGAAACUCGGUAUUAUCGGCGUCGUGAACCGAUCGCAGCAAGAUAUUAUCGAUAAGAAAUCCAUUACGGAUGCUCUAAAAGACGAAGCCACGUAUCUCCAAAGGAAGUACCCGACGAUUGCGACGAGGAACGGGACGCCAUACUUGGCCAAGACCCUGAACAGGCUGCUCAUGCACCAUAUAAGAGACUGCCUGCCUGAACUCAAGGUUCGGGUGAACGUGAUGAUCUCCCAGUUCCAAACGCUGCUGAACUCGUACGGCGAGGACGUGUCGGACAAGUACCAGACGCUGCUGCAGAUCAUCACCAAGUUCGCGAGCGCGUACUGCUCCACCAUCGAGGGCACGGCGCGCAACAUCGAGACCACCGAGCUCUGCGGCGGCGCCAGGAUAUGCUACAUAUUCCACGAGACCUUCGGUAGAACUCUGGAUUCUAUUCACCCGCUAGUAGGUUUGACGCGCAUGGACAUACUGACGGCGAUAAGGAACGCGACAGGCCCGCGGCCCGCGCUGUUCGUGCCCGAGGUCUCGUUCGAGUUGCUCGUCAAGCGCCAGAUCCGCCGCCUCGAGGAGCCCUCGCAGCGUUGCGUUGAACUGGUGCACGAGGAGAUGCAGCGGAUAGUGCAGCACUGCGGCACGGAGGUGCAGCAGGAGAUGCUGCGCUUCCCGCGCCUGCACCAGCGCAUCGUGGACGUGGUCACGCAGCUGCUGCGCACGCGCCUGCCCGCCACCAACGCCAUGGUGGAAAACCUAGUAGCGAUCGAACUAGCAUACAUCAACACCAAGCAUCCAGACUUCCACCGCGAGGCGGCGCUGGUGUCGGGCCUGCUGCAGAGCACGGACUCCAUCGUCGACGACAGCCCCAUGUUCCGCCACAAGGCAAGAGCCACGCCCUCGCCGGUAUCCACGUUAUUCAAACUGCUUCUCCGCCAAAUGGGUGAAAGAGGGUCCAUCCUAGUAUUCAUGACGAAUAUCUGGGAUGCGUGCAACCAGCACGUACCGGCCAUCACGGACGGCCAAGAGCACAAAACACCGACACAAAAUAAUAACAGUGAAUCUCCAGUCACACCCCAGGUAAACGGUGGGAGUCCUCCGGAGAAAGUGCUGACGCCGCAGAAGCCUGUGAACCUGCUGCCCGAGGUGCCGAGCCAGCAGUCGCGCAAGCUCUCCGACCGCGAGCAGCACGACUGUGACGUCAUAGGUGGACGGAGCGACAGAACGGCUAACGAUAUAUAUUACUCAAAGGUUGAGGGCAUCAGCAUGAUGCACUUGAACUCUAUGGGUGACUUAGUCGAGCGACUAAUCAAGUCAUACUUCUACAUCGUGCGCAAAUCGAUCCAGGACUCGGUCCCCAAGGCGGUGAUGCACUUCCUGGUGAACUACGUGAAGGACAACCUGCAGUCGGAGCUGGUGACGCACCUGUACAAGUCGGACCAGGCCGACUCGCUGCUCAACGAGUCCGAGCACAUCGCGCAGCGGCGGAAGGAGGCUGCCGACAUGCUCCGGGCUCUGCAGCGGGCCGGGCAGAUCAUCAGCGAGAUCCGGGAGACGCACAUGUGGUGAUGUUUCGCCGACGGAGAGGACUCUAGUCUGAAUUAGUUAAAUGAGCGAUGCUGGUGUGUUCCCAACAGUCCCCGCCAGCUACAAAUGGGAAUGGCCUCAUGUAUGGUGAUGGUCACCGGGGACAAACGGGAAUACAACGCGAUGCUCCGUACUCUGUACAUACUCCUAGCGUAGGUGAACACGUGACGUGCAUUAGGCUUCAUACUUACAGAUGCUUUUACUACAAUCACAAUUUGUACACAUUUACACAAACGGGUCUACCGCGAUAUAAUUUCAUUCUUUUUACCUUAAAUUCCGACGUUGACAUUUGCUGGGACGUCAGUCUUUCCGUGACCACAGCUGGUGCUACUCGGCUGAAGCGUCGGAGUUUAGGGUAAAAACAAUGAAAUUAUAUCGAGGUAAACCAGUUUGUGUAAUUAAAUGUGUACAAAACGCGAGAGUUUAAAGUGUGAAAUCACAAUUUGUGUAGCUCUCUUUGCUAAAUCAUAAGUGUAUUAGUGAUGCUAUCAGAUGUCCACAAGUAUUUGAUUUGAAACCAAAAAAGGAACUUUUUUUAACUAAUUUGUAGACUGCAUAUUAGUCGUAUUUAUAUGCACUUAUUGAAUGUGGCACUGUAUGUCUGAUAUCCGAUAUGUUUUAUUUGUUGAACAAAAAUGUUUCAGAUUAUUGUUGAUUGUUUGAUACGUGCAUGUGUUUCAGAUAAUUUUACGUAAAUGUGAAGAUGGGUGAAUAUUUUAUACAUGUCUGUUAUAGAAGUUCUAAGAUGUAAAGUGCCAAUAAAAUUCGAGUUAUUUAGUUCCGCUCACAACUUAACAAUAUUUAAACCGAGUGAUAAUACGUCCGUAGUAAAUCAAUAAUUGUAAAGUACUUAAAACUGGUGAUUAGUGAUUUUGAUUAAUUCAUACAUCAUGUUAAUAAGUGUUUUAAAGGCGGUUCCAGACUAGUUUUUUUUGCGCUUAAACUGUCUUCGUCGUUUCGCGCUUACACGCGCGUCUACACGCCGCUACAUGUGCUGUAUGUGCGGCCGCGUAUGUGGCACACGCGCUUUUAAAAUACAUGCAUUUUAUUGCUAUGCUAUGAUUGGCAAACUAAUCUUACAAUAAUUGAUAGUUAUUUGCACAAAUCGCUAUAUCAGUUACCACAUUUUGAUCUAUGUUAAUACAUUAGGUAAAUAAACAUCAAUGUAAUUAACUCAUUGUUAUUGUACACAGUGAUAUUAUGUACUAAAUGUACUCGUAUUUUAGGCAUGUAUUGAUAUUUUUAUUCUUAGGGCUGGUUGUUGAUGAAUUUUCGAUAAUGUUUUUGCUAUUAUGGGUGACCUAUUUGAUACCAUUUGUGUCCGCUUGUGUGUUUAGAAUGACUGUUGAACUUGUUUUGCAUACAGGGUUAGUUUAGUGAUGAGAAAGCAUGUUGUUUUGAUAAAUGUACAGAUGUAGCCCAUCAUUGUUUUCCAUCGUAUUUUCUCGGACACAUUCGUAUUUAUCAUACUACUUCAGUCAACCUCAGUACUUUUUGUACCGAGGCCGACUGAAAUAGCAAGACACGUUCGUGCGUUUCCGUGAAAAUAUGUUGGAAAAUAACUACGCACUACAUUUGUAUCAAGUUAUACGUUAAAAAUUAGUUCCUCGUUACAAUGAAGUGAUAUCGCGCAUGCUGUGUUAGCUUCGCACGGUCGAGUCAUUCGGUAUCAUGUCUACACGAUUUGUAAUUUAUUUGUUUUUACUUAAAUGUAGCGUAGCAAGUAUUCCACUGUAUUUAUUGUUAUAUAUAGACGAGUGUGUGCUUUAUUACCGAUAAACAAUUUGAAUGUUACACGAGGUAAAUUGUAUUUAAAAGUCUGUUAUACAUAAAAAUAGAAUAAUUUCAAGGUCCAA